GUUAUAUAAGAAAAAUGGCGUGCUCAAAACGAGUGGGCGUUCUUGGGGGUGGCCAGCUGGGGAGAAUGUUGAUGGAGUCGGCCAAUCGACUCAACAUCCAAAUGAAUAUUUUAGACGCGGACAAAGCCCCCGCGAAGCAAAUCAGUGCUCAUGAUGAUCACGUAACUGGCUCUUUUAUGAACUGCGAAUCUGUACGCAGACUCGCGGCGAAUAGCGAUGUCUUGACAGCCGAAAUCGAGCAUGUUGAUACGCAUGCUCUGGAGGAGGUUGAGUCCUUGGUUGAUGUGCAGCCCAGCUGGAAGAGCAUCAGAAUUAUUCAGGAUAAAUUUUCGCAGAAGCAGCACUUGGCGAAGUUUGGAAUUCCGCAGGCGGAGUAUCGUGAGCUGAAGGACGGUACAGCUGAGGAACUGAGUGCGAUUGGACAGGAGCUUGGGUUUCCUUUGAUGUUGAAGUCGAAGACUGGGGCGUACGAUGGUAGAGGCAAUUAUGCGGUAAAGACCGAAGAAGACAUACCGGCGGCGCUGGAAGCGCUAAAGGGCCGACCUCUUUAUGCAGAGAAAUGGGCGAAAUUCGUAAUGGAAUUGGCAGUUAUGGUAGUCAAAACCAAGGACAGCGUCUUGUCCUAUCCUACUGUUGAGACGGUCCAAGAGAACUCGAUAUGCAAACUAGUCUAUGCUCCUGCAAGAAAUGUUUCAGACGAGAUCAACAAAAAGGCACAGAAGCUGGCCAGAGAUGCAGUCGCUGCCUUUGAUGGCAAGGGAGUCUUUGGAGUCGAAAUGUUUCUCCUAGAAGAUAACUCUAUCCUGCUCUGCGAGCUUGCCAGCCGCAUCCACAAUUCUGGACAUUACACUAUCGAAGCAUGCCCACUGUCACAAUUUGAUACCCAUUUGCGCGCCAUUUUAGAUCUUCCGAUCCCCCCUAAAAGUCUCCAACUGCGUCAACCUGCAAUUAUGUUGAAUAUCUUAGGUGGAUCUACGCCAGAUGCUCACCUUGAGGAUGCUGAGUACGCAUUGUCUAUCCCAAAUGCAAGCGUCCACCUGUAUGGAAAGGGCGCAGGCAGGCUCGGACGCAAAAUGGGGCAUGUCACAGUUACCGCUCCUACAAUGCGUGAAGCCGAGGAGUUGAUGCAGCCUCUUAUUGAUCGGACAGGUGGCAUGGGAGUUGAGGCCAAGGUUGCAAGCAAUCCUCAGCCAACAAUCGGAGUUGUAAUGGGUUCAGAUAGCGAUUUAAAUACCCUGGUUCCUGGUCUGAGACUCCUGGAAGAAUAUUUCGGCGUCAAGCCAGAGGUAGAUGUAACUUCUGCCCACCGGACUCCUGAUUAUAUGGCCGAGUACGCUUCUACAGCGGCAUCGCGCGGUAUCAAGGUCAUAAUCGCUGCUGCCGGUGGAGCUGCACAUCUGCCUGGAAUGGCGGCGGCACAUACGUCGCUUCCAGUUAUUGGCGUGCCAGUGAAAGGAAGCGCCCUUGAUGGGGUUGAUAGUCUAUACAGUAUUGUGCAAAUGCCUCGAGGUGUCCCGGUUGCAACUGUGGGAAUCAACAACAGUGUGAAUGCGGCCUUGCUGGCUGUUCGCAUACUAGGAUGUUACGAUGAAACCUUACAACAGAAGGUGGCAGAAUACGCAAAAGCCGCAAAAGAUGAGAAUCUGGACGUAAAAGGAGUUAAGAUGCGGGAAAUAGGAUGGGAAAAGUACUUUGAGCAAAUGCAAACAAAAUAA